AUGCCUCCCAAACGACUCCGAACGAAGAUUGAAAAAGCCAGGCACUACCUGUCCGGAGGUGGAGUCGUACGCGAAGACUCUGACGAUGAGCUGGGACUCGAGGAUCUGCCGUGGGAAUGGAUCUACGAGGACAAAAAGUCGACGAAGAUUUGCGGCGCUCGCAUGGGGACGUUCGAGUGCUACUUGGGCGAUACAGUGUUGUUAAAAGCGCCGGCGAGCAAUGAAGCAUGGGUCGCCAUCCUCUACGAAUUUCUAGAGGGAGAAAACGAGGACGAAGAUGGAGACACAAUCAUUGAGAAACAAGCGAGUAUGCUGUGGCUCUCGUCGGAGAAAGAGAUCAGGAGCAAGAAGAAGCGAACAGACUUCCUCGAGAACGAGCUAUAUCUUACAUCGAACUUCGACCAGAAUGCACUCGCCACGAUCAACGGCAAGGCAAAUGUCCUCUCCAAAGAGGAGUUUGAUCGCUCGUAUCCCAGCGGUAAGGUUCCGAGGUCAUCCAAAGGACAUGGCAAGACAUUCGUGUGCAGACGCGGUGUCAACACCAGGACCGCUACGUACACAGAAGAGUUCAAGUGGGAAGAUGUGUACAAAGGUCGGGAGGAUAUGGACAACUUGGUAGAGCUGCUGGAAUCGCAGACGGUGAAGACGAGACGCAGGAGAGCUGCAACCAAAACGAAAGAUCUGGAUGACUUUGUCAUGGACGACGAUGAGUUCGACGAGCCUGAGACACCGAAGAAGAGGAGGAAGCUCAAUUCUGCAACACCGACGCCCUCGAAAGCAAAGCAGCUCACGCCGAGGAAGUUCACUACCCCGAGUGGACGCAAGAUCAUCACCAAGAAGCCAUUGGAGUUCACGCCUCUCGGGACAAGAAUGCUAUCCCCUUCGCAGAUGCAGUCCUCGCCGUAUCAAAUCGCGCGGUCUACUCUGCAUGUCUCCGCUGUACCGCACGCUUUGCCUUGCCGAGAGAACGAGUUCGACACUGUGCACUCACAUUUGGAAGCUGCAAUCACCGCAGGGACGGGAGCUUGCAUUUACAUAUCUGGGACCCCUGGCACUGGAAAGACGGCCACGGUGCGCGAGGUUGUAGCCAACCUCCAGACGGCCGUGGCUGAAGAGCAGCUGGACGACUUUUACUUCGUGGAGAUCAACGGGAUGAAAGUCACGGAUCCUCACCAAUCGUACAGCUUGUUGUGGGAAGCACUGAAGGGCGACAGAGUCAGCUCUGCGCAUGCUUUGGAACUGCUGGAGCGGGAGUUUACCACACCCAGUCCCAGACGAGUACCCUGUGUUGUGCUGAUGGACGAGCUGGAUCAACUGGUAACGAGGAAUCAAGGAGUCAUGUACAACUUCUUCAAUUGGCCGCAACUUCGACACUCGCGUUUGAUCGUGCUAGCAGUCGCCAACACCAUGGACUUACCAGAACGGACUUUGUCCAACAAGAUCUCAAGUCGACUGGGCUUGACGCGGAUAACAUUCCCAGGCUACAGUCACACCCAGCUGAUGACCAUCAUUCAAAGCCGACUAGAAGGCGUGGGCAAAGUCAUCGUGGAACCAGACGCUGUACAGUUUGCAAGUCGAAAAGUCGCCGCGGUCUCAGGAGACGCACGACGUGCACUAGACAUCUGUCGACGAGCCGUGGAAAUCGCGGAGCAGGAGUCAUCACAGCAAGAUCCAGGUAAAGAAAACCUGGCUCCUGGAACUCCUAGCAAGACUCCAGGAAAGACGUCCACUCUCGCUUCGAAGGCUGGCAUCGUCACGAUUGGGACGAUCAAACGCGCAAUCAACGAAGCCACUUCGACUCCACUAGCAGCCCAUCUCCGCUCACUGCCUCUAGCAAGCAAGAUCUUCCUCGCGGCUUUGCUCUCUCGACUACGCCGGACUGGAAUCACUGAAUCGACCUUAGCCGACGUCGUGGAUGAGGCUCGUCGAAUUGGUAUCAUGGCGCAGAACAAGAACGUCGAUACAUACCUUUUAACGCCUGGCCCGACGCUUGAGCAGCAGCCGGAGGAAGAGCUGGGAGUGGGAGUAAUCAGCACGCCGUCAAAGCGUGGUCGACCUGCUGCAAAGAAAGAGAUCGAUAAGGCGGCGAGAGUGCUCGGCCUCGGGGCAGUGGCAAUGGAGCUUUCUGAAGCAGGUAUCAUUGGAGUGGAAAGCCGACAUGGAGAUCGGGUCGGACGAGUAAGGCUCGGCGUGGUCGAGGAGGAUAUUCGAGGAGCGCUACGAGAAGAUGAGGAAAGUCGAGGACUAGGAUUCGGUAGUUGA